AUGGCGCAGGUCAAGCAAGACCCGGAUCGCCCGUACUUCAAGCAAGACCCCGACAGCAAGGAUAUUGUCCUUGGAGACAUAGAUGAAGAAGACCUAUAUGAAGAUGCUGGAGACCUAGACUUUACGCAAGCAGGUCAGAACGUGUGGCUAUCCCGUCUGCCUCGGGCGCUGUGGGAGCACUGGGCCCACCUGGACGAUGAUGAAGAGAUUGAGGUUGGUACUAUGAGAGUGGAAGGGACACCGAACGAUAUCAAGAGGGUCAGUUUGCGCCUACAUGAUCGCCCAGAUAAUCGAGAAAUUCCCAAGGACUACACACUUCAGCGUCAAACGGUCGACCCAUCAGGCACUGGAUCACACCUUACACACAAUACAUACCUUUUUACCGAGAAGGAUAUCCCCGGCGUCGAGAAUCGCAUGGCUACAUUUGGCGAAACGCGCUCGGUUCUGUACGAAGCCCAGAAACGUGAAGCGAAGCGGCGAGAACAGGGGAAAAGAUGGGAGCCUUAUGUGCGAAAGACGAUACCAAAACACACUGCCCUCGCCGGCGCGGUCAGUGAGGAAUUCAAUUGCCUGCCCGUGGAGAAUGAAGAAUUCCGACGGAUCUCGGAGAAGCGAGCGCUGGAAGCUCUGAAACCUCGAAAGGAAACUGUCUUUAUUGAUAAGAUUCCUGGGAAGAUCAUCCAGGCGCGUCAUGCUCUUCCCACCGAGAGGGGACAAUUUGUGCAAGCCACACGACCUUCGAAAGGAAAAGCGCAAGAAAACAAGUCUACCCGCAUGCCGCAAAACGAACUUCUGGAUCUUAUCUUCCAGUGCUUCCGCGAAUUCAAAUAUUGGCCCUUUAAGACACUCAAGGCCCGAUUGGCACAGCCAGAGGCAUAUCUCAAGCAGACUUUGGAGAUGGUUGCACACCUUGUCAAGGCUGGUGAUUUCGCUAUGACUUGGGAACUGAAGCCCGAGGCAACCCACAGCCAGUACUCGAAUGCGAUGGACAAUGCAAAGGCAGAGUUGCCACCAGGAGUGGACGAUUUCGAGUCCGAGGAUGAUCCAGCUUCUGGCAUGGAUCAGGACGACGUUAAAUUUGAGGACGUUUAA